AAAGUGGACCUCACAUAUGUUGGGAGAAGUUUGAAGAUUCCACAAUGAGAAGGAUGUCGUCUCUUCUCUUCCUCCUGGUCCUGCUGGGUGCUCCUCAUGGGAUGGCUGGGUUCACCACCCCUACGAGUCUCAGUACUGAAGCCCAUGACUGUACACAGAGAGAGGGGACCUCCCUUACCGUAGUGAUGGAAGCAUUCAUGAUGUUUUUCGAUUUUUCAUUCUUCAUGGACAGAGCUCUGAAUUCCAUAUCAGCCAGAUUCCCCUGUGUCUCCCGGCAAUAUGCUUCAGUAAUCCUGGACAUUGCGGAAACAAAUGAAACUAUCACAAAUGACAAGAAUGUCUUCCUGCAAAGCAUAACAAAAAGCUUUGAUGAGGACUAUGCUAUGUUUUAUGAAUACUUGGACACAUUAUGGGACUGCGAUCAAUCCCUCCUCUAUGGGGUGAAGAGAGCUCUGGAGAUUUCCCCCGCUGAGUCCAUCAUUGUGGUUUAUACAUUUGGCUCCAUGACAGAUUACAAUGACACUGAACUCAUGUCUGAUGUUUAUACACUGAUGGAGGAAAAGAAGUCCCAAGUUUAUUUCAUGUGGUACUCAUGGGGUUGUUCUGUCCUGGAGGAUGUAUUUAUUAACAUUUCAUCUCUUAGUUAUGGAGAAUCAAUUAAUAUGGAUAAUGAAGAUUAUUAUAAGCUUUUCCACUCAUUGGAGUUAUUGUUGUCGAAACCUCUAAAUUCAUCUGAGCGCAUCCUGACCGUCAACACAAAGGUCACUGAUGAUAAAUAUGCUGACGCGUUCAAUGUUACAAAUCCCCUUACACAUUUAUUGAUCUCUGGAGAUGAAACAUUUGCUCUUAAUUUUAGUGAUCCAAAUGGAAACACAUAUAAAUAUGCAAAAAAUCCAUAUUUUAGUGAUUAUUACUACUCCUGGUCCUCGUAUGAUAGUAGUAUUCUAAGUUCCCAUUUGGUAAAAAGUCCGGCUGUGGGAUCCUGGAUUCUGAACGCUCGGGGGAGUCGCACGCUUUCUGUACACGUUUUAGGAUUUACUGGGUUGGACAAAUCAGGGAAUUGUUCAAAUGUUGACUGCCACCCGGAUGCCACGUGUUCGGAGUUUGGAGGAUACGGGGAGUGCACAUGUAAAGAGGGGUUUGCUGGAGAUGGGAAAUCUUGUAGUGAUAUAGAAGAAUGUGCGGGCGCUUACACCAACAAGUGUUAUUAUACUGGUUUUAGUUCCUGCGUGAACACGAUCGGAUCUUACACCUGUGGUUGUGACCCUGGAUUUGAAUAUAAAGAAGAAUUUGCCUGUGUUGAUAUUGAUGAGUGUGCCGACAGAUCUCUGAAUGAAUGUGAUCCAGUAGCUAUUUGCACAAAUUAUUAUGGAUCUUACACCUGUACUUGUCCCAAUGGAUAUUACGGAGAUGGAUACCACUGUGAGAUCAAUGAAUGCCAACAAGGAACACCAUGUGGCUCUAAUGAAGAAUGCAUUAAGUCCAUCGGAUCAUAUUCCUGUAUUGACCCUUGCUCCGCCCACACCGUACUAAAUGACCCCUGGCGCAGUACUUCUAAUAUAUAUAAUGCUGAUGUUGACUGGUAUGACUGGUAUCAUUGUGACUAUCGUCUGUCUGGCUGGUUUCGGUUUAAAGGAGAAUAUGACCAGCAAAUCCCCGAGCAGUGCGUACCACGAGCCAGCUGUGGGUCUAGCAUCCCCAUUUGGAUGAACGGCUCCCACCCUACAGUCAGUGACGGCAUUGUGAAACGUACAAUGUGUCACAACUGGUAUGAUGGAUGCUGUACACAUCCCUUCAGUAUUUCUGUCAAAAUGUGUCCAGGAGGAUUUCAUGUGUAUCAUCUAACAAACACACUAGGCUGCUACAUGGCCUAUUGUACAGAAUCGAAUCAUACCUGCUCGGGGGUGGACUGCGCUCCGGAUGAGGAAUGUAAAAUUGUGGACAAUGUUCCCGGCUGUUACUGUAAAAAAUCAUUAUAUACUACUAACGGGAUACAACCAGGAAAUCAAGCAGGUGACCUCAUACCACAAGUCACCUGUGGCCUGGGGAACAUAGAAGUGAGGUUCAGCAAAUGUCUCAUGGAGAAGCUGGAAUAUAGCCCCUCAGCCUUUCAUAUGAGAGAUUAUUCCUGCCGAGCAAUCACGGAAAGAAGCGAUCAAAGUUACGUCACUUUCAUCACACGACCAGCAAAUGGCAGUUGUGGGGGAUCCAUUGCGAACAAUGGAAAUGAGAUCACAUAUACAAAUACUGUAUACCUAGCAUCACAAUCUGACGGAGUGAUUAUAAGAGACGAGUACCCCAUUGACUUCCAUUGCUCUUAUCCAUUAAACAUGGAGAUCAACCUUCUAACCGCUAUCAGCACCUUCGUAGUCUCGGCUUCCAUCAAUGUGGCUGGAAAAGCAAAUUUCACGAUAACGAUGGGCCUGUUCGAAGAUUCCAGAUACAUCGCCCCGUAUACCGCCUCCCAGGUGUUUCUGAACUCCUCCGCCAUGCUAUAUGUUGGUGUCGUUGUAACCGGACCUUCGGGUUCAUCCCCAUUUGUGCUCAUCAUGAAAAACUGCUACGCCACCCCAACACCCGACAGCUCCUCCGGCCCCAGAUAUAACAUCCUAACCAACCAAUGCCCCAACAAGAACGACCAAACGAUCUCUGUGCUGGAAAAUGGAGUGUCCCUUAAAGGUCGCUUUUCCCUUCAAGUGUUCAAAUUUCUGGGAGGAUUCGAUCAGAUUUAUUUACACUGUCAGGUCGGCUUGUGUGACACCUCCAGCAAAGUGUGCGCAACUAGUUGUCCUUCCACGAGAUCUUCUUCGCUCGGCAACAAUGAAGUGACAAAUAUGACUCUUGGACCUGUAAAGCAGAAAGUCGCUGAGUCGUUUACUGUAGCUGCUCUCUCUUCUGGUGGAGGCACUGCUGUACCAACUGCAAAGAUUUUCAUCUCUGCCAUUUUUUUCCUGUUGCUAUUGUGCUAGAAUCAUACUGACCCAUCGAUGUGGAUUGGUGUCAGAUUUGUAGAUCGGUGUAACUGUACAUAUUGGGGAAGGGGGUCUAUAAAUAAUCAAAGCAAAGCGUGAUCCUCCACUGCAGACAACGUCUUGGCGAGAUGGUAAAAUAUUGGGAGGACUUCUACAAUCUGAGGUCCUGGCACGCCGAUUCAAUUCAACACAAACACAUCGAUAAACGUGUGAGAGCUUUGCUGACCAGCAUUGCCAGAAGAAGGAAAAAAAAGACAAAGGCAGGUC